CGCGGUGCAUACUGGGUUGCGUUGCGUUGAGAGCAGCCCCGCCCUCCGGCAGGAAAGUUGAUCAGAUCUCAACUUUAUUCAAAUGAAUCCGGCCGCCGCGCUGCGUCCAGCCAAUCAGAACAGAGUAGGCUACGUCACGUAGAGCGUCACACACAGAAAAGGCGCAAUUCAAAAUGGAGGAGAAGCUGAUAACAGCAGUCUCUGGCUUCCCUGAGCUUUAUGACCCCUCACUUGUUAUUUACAAGGACCUUAAUAGGCGGAAUUUUGCAUGGCGGAGGGUUGCAGAGUGUGUGGGGGUCUCGGGUGAGUUAAAGUGUUCUGUUCCACCCCCAGAGGAUAUCUGUAGGACUCGGUGGCGCAAUCUCCGUGACACCUACAAAAAGGAGGUAAAAAGAGAGAGAGAGAAGAUCAGGAGUGGGGCAGGGGCCUCAUUACACCGUCCAUGGCGGUUCAUUAAUGUAAUGGGGUUCCUUGCCCCAUUUGUUGAGGCAAAGGAAACUACAUCAAACCUAAUGAGACGCUAUUCAGCUGCAGCCUCAUCCAGUCAGCCAGGCAGCAGUCAGCAAGGCAGCGGCAGUCAGCAAGGCAGCGGCAGUCAGCAAGGCAGCGGCAGUCAGCAAGGCAGCGGCAGUCAGCAAGGCAGCGGCAGUCAGCAAGGCAUCAGCAGCAGCGGCAGUCAGCAAGGCAGCAGCAGCGGCAGUCAGCAAGGCAGCAGCAGCGACAGUCAGCCAGGCAUCAUCAGCGGCAGUCAGCGAGGCAUCAGCAGCGGCAGUCAGCAAGGUAGCGGCAGUCAGCGAGGCAGCAGCAGCGACAGUCAGCCAGGCAUCAUCAGCGGCAGUCAGCCAGGCAUCAGCAGCAGCGACAGUCAGCCAGGCAUCAUCAGCGGCAGUCAGCGAGGCAGCAGCAGCGACAGUCAGCCAGGCAUCAUCAGCGGCAGUCAGCAAGGCAGCAGCAGCAGUCAGCAAGGCAGCAGCAGCAGUCAGCAAGGCAGCGGCAGCGGCAGCAGCUCUUAA